GCCUCUCAUUAGAGGCAAGGAAGGACUUCAGUUGAACAAGCACAGAGUAAACAGACAAAGCAUUGUCUAUUGAAGGUUUCACAUGGUCAACAACAUGUACCUGAAGAUUGUUAUGGUUCUGUUUAUCUUCUGUGCUGUUUCAGUAUAUAGUAGAUCAUAUCGAGGUCCUGGAAAUGUCACCACAAAUUGCUGCACAAAUGUGUCUCGAAAACGGAUUUCAUUCGAGAUUACUCAUUACAGGAUACAGCCAGAAUUGCUACCCUGUGUCAGUGCCAUUAUAUUUUACACUGUAGAGAAAGGACCACUCUGUGCUGAUCCAAGAGCACCCUGGACAAAAAGGAAAAGAAAUGAGGUUGAUAUCAGGAUACAGAAAAACACGCGACAGUGAAGCUGGACAAAUUACUAUUGACCUUAAAAACUGAAAGAAUAUAAUUAUGAUUUAAUUAAAAAGAUUUGUAUGUGUUCAUGUUGAUGGUCUGUUCUGUAAUUGUGUAUUUAUUGCUCUGUGUAGCAUAUUGUAAUGUCAUUUUAGCGUUAUAUUUUUCUGUAUAUAAGAUUGCAAAUCUAUAUUUUACAUUUUUGCAAUAAAAUUGCUUAC